CGUUGAACUUCGUGGAUUUUUAUAAUCUCAAUUAACGAAAUUUAGACUUGAGAAAUGAUGCACAAGCGGAAAUCGAGAGAGGAGAAAACGGUUAUAGGGACGAAAAUACUGGAAAAUAUAACCAAGUGAAUUAAUUUUAUUUGAUGUAGCAAGUCGACGAUCAAUGGACACUGUCUGAAUCAUUUCGGGAACUGUGCUUGUAGUCGUUUGAAGCAGGCAAGGACUUGUUUUCUAUGGAGAUAUUAACUCUUGUGGGAAAGAGGGAAAAUAAAUAAUACUGGAUGAUUUAUUUGCAAAAAUAUUGUGAUUUCAGGUUUAUAAGGAAGCAAUCAACACCGAGUAGGGAGCCAGAGUACUAGAGUAAUACGUAACAUUAUCAUCAGCCGUUUUUUUUUUUUUUUUUGUUAAUUUUCUUUCUUUCUUUCCUACCUUUGGGGGAGUUGGGGAAUUGAAAUUCGGCCCUUUUUUUGUGCGGAGGUCGAAAAAAUACUCGGUUCUUUUGUGUUCCUCAAUUACUGUAUCGGGUACCAUCCCGAAACCCGCAACGAACCCUUCCGGUCACCCUCCCUGGCAUAGAGCGUCAUGUAUGUUCACGUUUUGUUUCCAAGUCGCGUGAGUGAAUUUAAUAUGGCCGCUCGUGAUGUCGAAAAAUCGUUCAAAAUAACUCGUCAGAUCACUUAGGUUAUACACACGACGUGUCAAACUGCUGAAAAUUAUUCUCAUCCGCCAGAAAAUACGAAAAAAUUCAUUUGGAAAUGGUUCGAACCAACCAGACUAACACGGAAAAUCCAUUCGGUGUUGGUGAUGUGCACUCACGUUUGUCACGGUCCAUGGUCACGUUUCUGCGCCGCUCGCAUGUGAUGAAGACUACUGAGAAAGACUGAAAACGGUUACGUAACGCACUACUGAAGCGGUUUUAAUUGUUGACAUCAGCUCGCCAUCUUUGUCGAGGGUUUGUGAAAGGCUUUUUUUUCGCUAUUACUUUGGACAGAAAAACAUCGGCACGGCUUGAACAAACACCGUAACAAGUUAACAAUAGCAGAGUUCGAAAAUUCGAGAGUUGAUCUUACAUAGUAAACCUGAGUAAAGUGCGUGUAAUAGCUGUCCGUCCUGUUGACUUCAGCCAUGGACUAAGUUAUCCUCAAAACAUAGGAUAAAACGACAUGUUUUAAAUCCCCGAGUGCUUGGCUGUAGAGUGUGACUUUACAUGGCGGAAGACUUUGAAGAUAAUAGAAACCAGUUUCAGGGUGAUGUAAUUGUUCCAAGACCCACACCAUCUGGUCUUCAUAAGACUUCUCACAUUGUAAACAACAGUUCACAUCCACUUGCUGACUCGAAAAGCCAGCAAAGAAGCAACCAUUUUGGUAUGCCACCAUCAACGUCUAAAGAUUCAACAAUCAAGGCAAAAACCAGCAAUAACCAUCGCCAUCACAACCACAGUAUAAAACGACAUUACAGCAAAGGAAAGGUUAAGAAGGAUAAUGGCAGUGAGGGUCGCUUCAGUCGCACUGCAACUGUUCUCCGUCAAGCAGGUCUAAUGAAACUUACACUUCAGAUUGCGCAGUUAAUCAAAACUAAUGAAGAUCUUCAAAAAGAAAUUGAUGAACUGCAGAAAGAAGCUGUUCAAUUUAGUGAAAAUUUAAAAAGCCAGCUGCAGCAGAAACUACAAGAAAAUGGCAGCAUAAGUGAACUACAAGACAAAGAGAAAUAACAUCUUCCCUUUCUGUAUUGGAGCAUUUUAUGUAAUAAUUUUAUAACAAAAACCAAAGUCAUUUUUAACUUUGCGGACUGGAGCUAAUGAUCAAACUGGAAUUUUAAUUUAUUGUACAUGUUUUGGAAAUGUUGGUUAUUUUGUUUUCAGGAAUCUAAGAAUUUGUGAAUAUUGUAUAGAAGACUUACAGAUUGCUUAGGCUAGGA